AUGGGUCGAAACGGCAGCCGUUCCGGUGCGAGUCUGCUACGUCGUACUAGUGCCACCAGUACGGGCCUAGUAGCUAUGGACGACAACGACUUUUAUGAAGACGAAUCUCCCCGUGCCACCCAGCUAACGAAGACACUCACAGGGAAUCAACAUGAACGGUACAACGAUCCCGGAAGCCUGG